AUGGCAGAAAACCUUAGUAUAUCACUGCAUCGCCACUUAUGUUUACUGCAGCUUGACACUAAAGAAAAGAAAAGGAAAAAAAAAAGCCAAGCUGGCCGGCGUCAGGCCCCCCAGGCUUUUUCUACGCUCUUCAGUAAGGAACUGUCGCUAGGCACAGUGGCUGGCUGGAGACACGUCGAAUCUCCACAUAACGCACCCUCCUUUUUGACCAGCUUGGUUCAUCCUUCCAGAAGCAAGUUGAGGCAUAUUAAUAUUGAUGUCUUUAUCACUUGCUCGUCGCUUGCAAGUUGCUGCAAAGAAGGGGAAAGUGUCCAAUUAGCAGCAUUUCAACGUGGACCAGAACCUACUAUGAACAAUAAACUCAAAUGGACGGCUCUACACGAGGCGGCAGCCAACGGCGUUGAUGAGAAGACGCGGCGGUUACUUGAGAAUGGGGCUCGUAUCGAGGCAAAGGAUAAAUCGGGAAGGACUGCGCUGCACUGGGCAGCAAAGAAUGGCCAGAAGAAAGUGGUGCAACUCUUGCUUGAGUAUGAGGCCAACAUUAGAUCUAAAGAUACUAUAUUUGAAAAAACAGCGUUGCAUUGGGCAGCGAAGAAUGGGAAAGAGGAAGUGAUAAAUGAGCUGUUAAAAAAGGAGACUGGCAUCAUCAGCACAGAAGAUAAAUACCAAGCGACAGCGCUACACGAUGCUGCAGAGAACGGGCACAAGACAUCGACAGAGCUGUUGCUCAAUCAAGGGGCCGAUAUUGACGCAAAGGAUAAGGAAGGCCGGACGGCACUACACUGGGCAGCAAGGAAUGGACACGAGGACGUGGCGCGGCUGUUGCUCGAUCGAGAGGCCGAUACCACUGUGACAGAUAGGAAUGAAGACACGGUGCUGCAGCAGGCCGCAAGGUCUUGGAAGGAUAUUUUUUGGGAGAUGGACAUCGGGAAUCAGGCGGUGGCUGAGUUUUUGCUUAAGAAGGACAUUGACAUCACUGUGGGAGACAAAGAUGGUCAGACGCCGCUGUCACGGGCGGCAGAGAACGGGCAUGAGGUAGUGGUCAAGCUGCUGCUGGAUACAGGCAAGGUUGAGGCAGACUCAAUGGAUCAGCGGGAUCGGACACCACUAUCAUAUGCAGCACAGAAUGGGCAUAAGGAAGUGGUCAAGCUGCUGCUAGAUACAGGCAAGGUUGAGGCAGAUUCAAGGGAUGGAGAAGGUCGGACACCACUAUCAUAUGCAGCACAGAGUAGGGAUAAGGAAGUGGUCAAGCUUCUGCAAUCGUGGAACGUCCCCCCUUAG